UGUAACGUAAAUAGAAUUAAACAUAAGAUGGUACAGCUAGAAAUAAGAACCAAUCGGAUAGGCAAAGAGAAAAACAUUUUCGUGAUUCCAUUUCUACACGAAUAAGAAAUAAUAACAAAAAACUAGUACAAAGUACAAAGAUAUUUAAUUAAAUAAUAAAUAUGUUACGCACGCCCAGUGGUAGGGGUUCGAAUUUCCCAGCGUACAGCAUUGCACUAUCCGUUGUCGUUCAAUUUUUAAUUACGAAUAACAAAACAAUGUUUCUCGCGUGUGCUCCUUAAACGCAGUCAAAUCGUGGUUAUAUCGAGGUUCAUAAUUCUUUAUUAUCGCUAGACGUUCAAGGAAAUCGUGGUAAGUACAAAUCAAUUACAUUAACACGAAUCAAUCCGUGUCUUACCCAUUAUCUUUAUGAUAUCGUAUCAUUAUCAUUAAUAUAUUUAUAUAUAUAUGACCUCUUUUUAAUGUUUUCUAGAAAUGAGCAUGUGUUGAAUCGACCCUAUAUUGCAAUAAUAAUGGCUGAGAAAGUUUACUUAUAUCAGCUAGUAGAAUUUAUUGCUGAGAAAACUAAAGGUGGAAAAUCAAGUAUUGACUGUGUCCCAACAAAAUGGAUAGAGUUUGACAUGAUUAUUGGACAAUGCUUUGCAAAAUUUAUGCCCCCACCUUAUACCAUUGAACGUAAAAGAGAAUUGAAGCAAAUGGUCGUUGAUACCGAUGAUGCUCCACUUGAUUGGCCUAGAUACGCUGUUACUAUUCGUGGUGGCGCAGGUGCGUUUCAUAAUAUUUUCUUCUAUUCGUAUACAUGAUAUCUCAAUAUAUGUAAUUUUUCAACUCGUAAGAUUAUGUUAUUGGUCACGCCCAAUUUUUAUUUGUUACAUUUAA